AACCUACUCUAUAUCUGACGCCAAUUUAUCGUGGCCGUGCCCCCAACUGAGCAUAUCUGACUCUUCCAUUUCUUAUAAUUAAAAAAGGAGGGGAAGAAAAUCUUUAUUUGACAAAAAUUUCUUUCUUUUUUUAGUUUCCACCACAAAGUUUUCGUGCAUAUAAACUCGCGUUUCUCUCCCAUUUUCCUCUCACUGGAAAAGAAUUCUCUCUCUCUCGUUCGCAUUUCGUUUCUUUGGGAGGGUGCUUAAUAUGGGGGCUUCGAUUUUGCCAGAUCUCGGAGCCGAGAUCCUGAUCCCGGUUUGCGCCGUUAUUGGAAUUGCCUUUUCUCUCGUGCAAUGGGUUCUCGUUUCCAAGGUGAAGCUCUCUCCAGGUCGAGACUUGGGUUCCUCCGGGAACAAUGGUGCGGGUGGGAAAAACGGUUAUGCGGAUUACCUUAUUGAAGAAGAAGAAGGUCUUAAUGACCAUAAUGUUGUUCUUAAAUGUGCUGAAAUUCAAAGCGCCAUCUCUGAAGGGGCAACCUCAUUUCUUUUCACUGAGUACCAGUAUGUUGGCAUUUUCAUGGUUGCUUUUGCAAUCUUGAUUUUCCUCUUCCUUGGCUCGGUAGAGGGUUUCAGUACAAAGAGCCAGCCUUGCACGUAUGAUCAAUCUAAGAUGUGCAAGCCUGCUCUUGCCACUGCUGCAUUCAGUACCAUAUCGUUCUUGCUCGGUGCUGUCACUUCAGUUGUUUCUGGCUUUCUUGGGAUGAAAAUUGCUACCUAUGCAAACGCUAGAACCACCCUGGAGGCAAGAAAGGGAGUUGGAAAGGCAUUUAUCACUGCAUUUAGAUCUGGUGCUGUAAUGGGCUUUCUUCUUGCUGCAAAUGGCCUUUUGGUGCUUUUCAUUGCCAUCAAUUUAUUCAAGCUCUACUAUGGCGACGACUGGGGUGGUCUUUUUGAGGCAAUCACUGGUUAUGGGCUUGGAGGUUCAUCUAUGGCUCUUUUUGGCCGAGUUGGUGGAGGAAUCUAUACCAAAGCUGCUGAUGUGGGUGCUGAUCUUGUGGGCAAGGUGGAAAGGAACAUCCCUGAGGAUGACCCUAGAAACCCAGCUGUUAUUGCUGACAAUGUUGGGGAUAAUGUUGGUGAUAUAGCUGGAAUGGGAUCUGAUCUUUUUGGGUCGUAUGCUGAAUCAUCUUGUGCUGCACUUGUUGUUGCUUCCAUCUCUUCUUUUGGCAUCAAUCAUGAGUUGACUCCAAUGUUAUAUCCUCUCAUCAUCAGUUCCGUCGGUAUCAUUGUUUGUUUAAUCACCACCUUAUUUGCAACUGAUUUCUUUGAGAUCAAGGCUGUUAAGGAAAUUGAGCCAUCAUUGAAGAGACAACUUAUUAUCUCCACCGUUCUUAUGACUGUUGGAAUUGGGAUUGUUAGUUGGAUAGCUCUUCCAUCUUCUUUUACCAUUUUCAAUUUUGGAGAACAGAAAGCUGUGAAGAACUGGCAACUAUUCUUAUGUGUUGCGGUUGGUCUUUGGGCUGGCCUAAUUAUUGGUUUUGUAACUGAGUACUAUACUAGCAAUGCAUACAGCCCUGUACAAGAUGUUGCUGAUUCCUGCAGGACUGGAGCUGCAACUAAUGUUAUUUUUGGCCUUGCAUUGGGUUACAAGUCUUGCAUUAUUCCUAUUUUUGCUAUUGCAGGCAGUAUUUUUGUUAGUUUUAGCUUCGCUGCUAUGUAUGGCAUUGCUGUUGCUGCCCUUGGAAUGCUGAGCACCAUAGCUACUGGAUUGGCCAUUGAUGCUUAUGGUCCCAUCAGUGAUAAUGCUGGAGGCAUUGCUGAGAUGGCUGGCAUGAACCACAGAAUUCGAGAGAGAACUGAUGCUCUUGAUGCUGCAGGAAAUACCACUGCUGCUAUUGGAAAGGGUUUUGCCAUUGGUUCAGCAGCCCUGGUGUCCCUUGCCCUCUUUGGUGCUUUUGUGAGCCGUGCUGCUAUUUCAACAGUUGAUGUAUUGACCCCUAAAGUUUUUAUUGGUUUGCUUGUCGGGGCAAUGCUUCCUUACUGGUUCUCUGCUAUGACCAUGAAGAGUGUGGGAAGUGCAGCUUUGAAGAUGGUUGAGGAAGUGCGCAGGCAAUUCAACACAAUCCCAGGUCUCAUGGAGGGCAGUGCUAAGCCUGACUAUGCUACCUGUGUUAAGAUCUCUACUGAUGCUUCCAUUAAAGAAAUGAUCCCACCUGGUGCCCUUGUUAUGCUCACACCCCUUGUUGUUGGGAUCUUUUUUGGUGUGGAAACUCUCUCUGGUGUUCUCGCUGGAUCCCUUGUCUCUGGUGUCCAGAUUGCUAUCUCUGCAUCCAACACAGGGGGUGCGUGGGAUAAUGCCAAGAAGUAUAUUGAGGCUGGUGCUUCAGAACAUGCAAGAGCUCUUGGUCCCAAAGGAUCAGAUGCACAUAAGGCAGCUGUUAUUGGUGACACCAUUGGGGACCCUCUUAAGGAUACAUCUGGGCCAUCACUGAACAUCCUCAUCAAGCUAAUGGCUGUCGAAUCACUUGUCUUUGCUCCCUUCUUUGCUACACAUGGUGGACUGCUUUUUAAGAUAUUUGUCAAAUCGGCAGUGAAAAUUUUCCCUUCUAAAGGGCUGACAAUGACAUUGAUGUAUGAUGAAUUGAUGAUAAUGGUCAAUCUAGAAAAUAGCAUAAUUUUGGACUAUAAUGACAAAGCAUGGAUUAUUGAACAUCGUAGGAAAAAGGGUGCUUUCUUGAUUCGUAACUAUUUCCCGUUUUUGAAGACCCAAGAGGCCAAGACUUCCCUCCGGCCUCUGUCGCCGCCGAUUGCCAUUUUUGGCUCCAAACCACAGUUCCUCUCUGCAAAACUCGCAAUGGUUUCUCUUCCUUCUCUCCAUCAAUCUCCUUUGAAACCAUCUCUUGUCCUUCUUUCCUCUUCUUCUCCUUCCUCUCCACCUUUCCUCCAAUCUCUCUCUUUCCCCUCAACAACAAAACGCCUCCCUCUCCGUUCCUCCAAACCACUGCAUGUCAAAUGUUCCUCAACCACCCCCACAUCCGAACCCGACCCACACCUUAUCCGACCCGUUUGCAUCCUCAAGAUAGCCAUCAUUGGCUUUGGAAACUAUGGCCAAUUCCUAGCUAAAACUCUGGUCUCUCAAGGCCACAAAGUUUUAGCCCACUCGAGAUCCGACUAUUCCCACAUAGCCAAAAAACUGGGAGUUUCCUUCUUUCUAAACCCCCACGACUUAUGUGAACAACACCCAGAAGUCAUCCUCUUUUGUACUUCAAUUAUCUCAACCGAACAAGUCUUGAAAACUCUUCCUUUGCAAAGGCUGAAACGAUCCACAUUGUUUGUCGAUGUUUUAUCCGUCAAAGAGUUCGCCAAGAAUCUCCUCCUCGAAGUCUUGCCUCGUGAUUUCGACAUCAUUUGUUCCCAUCCCAUGUUCGGACCACAAAGCGCUAAACAAAGCUGGAAAGACCUUUUCUUUGUCUACGAAAAGGUUAGAAUCGGAAACGAAUCCUCCAGGGUUCAAAGAUGUGAAGACUUUCUCGGAAUAUUUCAAUGUGAAGGGUGUAAAAUGGUGGAAAUGAGCUGUACGGAGCACGACAGGUUUGCUGCAGGUUCACAGUUUAUGACACACACGGUUGGGAGAGUGUUAGAUAUGUUGGGGUUGGAGUCAACGCCGAUUAAUACAAAGGGUUAUGAAACUUUGUUGGAUUUGGUUGAGAAUACUUGCGGGGAUAGCUUUGAUUUGUAUUAUGGGUUGUUUCUGUAUAAUAGGAGUGCCUUGGAGAUGCUGGAGAGGUUGGAUUUGGCUUUUGAUGCUUUGAGGAAUGAGCUUUUUGGCAGGUUGCAUCGUGUUGUGAGGAAACAGUUGUUUGAGAACGGAGGGAAGGGAAAGAGUCUGCAAGAUAUUAGUCACCAAAAUGGUGCUGCUUUGGCUUCAAGCUCAAAUGCUUUGAGAUCUCGAGAUGUUGUUGUACCUUAUGAAUUCAAAGGAAAGAUGUCUGAAAGUUUUGAUGAGAGUUCAAAGCUCAAGCUUGCAAUUGUUGGAUUUGGAAACUUCGGCCAGUUCCUCGCGAAGACCCUGACUCACCAGGGCCACUCAGUUUUAGCUUAUUCAAGAAGUGAUUACAGUGAUGUAGCUCGGAAAUUGGGGGUUUCUUUCUUCUCUGAUGCUAAUGACCUCUGUGAAGAGCACCCAGAAGUUAUUCUUCUGUGUACCUCGAUUCUUUCAACUGAAAAAGUUCUGAAGUCAUUGCCCCUUCAGAGAUUGAAGAGAAGUACUCUGUUUGUUGAUGUACUAUCAGUGAAAGAGUUCCCAAAGAAUUUGUUUCUUCAACAUUUACCAUCAGAUUUUGAUAUUCUAUGCACACAUCCCAUGUUUGGACCAGAAAGUGGUAAAAAUGGGUGGAAUGGGCUUCCUUUUGUUUUUGAUAAGGUGAGGAUUGGAAGUGAUGAAAGACGAGUAGCUCGGUGUAAUAGCUUCCUUGAUGCUUUUGCACGAGAAGGAUGCCGAAUGGUGGAGAUGACUUGUGUAGAACAUGAUUGGCAUGCAGCAGGUUCACAGUUCAUUACCCACACGAUGGGCAGGGUUUUGGAGAAGCUAGAAUUGGAGUCUACACCAAUUAACACAAAAGGGUAUGAGACUUUGUUGAAGUUGGUGGAGAAUACAGCUGGAGAUAGCUUUGAACUUUAUUAUGGGCUGUUCAUGUAUAAUGUAAAUGCAAUGGAACAGCUUGAGAGAAUGGAUUUUGCCUUUGAGUCAUUGAAGAAGCAGCUCUUUGGUAGAUUACAUGGUGUUCUUCGAAAGGAACUAUUUGGAAAUUCAGAGAAGUAUGAGGUUUUGCAGGAGAAAUCUCAUGAGCAAAAUGGUGCUGCAUUUUCAUCUUCUCCGGGGAGUGUUAAAAUCAGUUAGCUCUGUGUUUUCGUUUUACCUGAUUUCACUUUAUUUUUUUCUACAUUAUGGUGACUGGGUCUCCCGCGGCUCACUGAAAUCAGCAGUGAAGAAGGCCUUAUCG